GUGGUUUUGGCUGGGUAGUGCAUCGAUCAGGACCCCGGAUCACUCGCUAGCGGUGUGUGUUGGCGCUUGGAGCACGGUGGACGACCCGUAAUAGGUGGAGAGCCGAUCUGAAAGACAGCGAUGGAGAGCAAUCUUACUUAUGGAGAGGGUACUGAUAUGUCCUACGAAGAUAAUGAUACAGCCUUUCCCUCUCCACUGAGACUGGGGAGCUUUGCCCUGGAGCAGAGGAGGUGGAACGGGGAGGACGAGGAGGAGGAGGAGGAGGAGUCUCCAAUGGAGAACAUCUUCAUCUCUCCUGACUCAGAAGCCUACCUCAACCUGAACACCAACGCCACAACCAGAGGAGAUGCCCAGGCCUACGUGGAGCUGAACGAGCUUCAGGGCAGCAGCUGGCAGGAGACGGCCCGCUGGCUUGGCUACGAGGAGAACGUCAGCCCGGCCACCGGCGUCUGGAGCUCCGCCCACGUCUCCUACCUGACCUUCAAGAGCCUGAUCCAGCUCCGCAAGACCAUGAGCACAGGCGCGGUGAUCCUGGACCUGGACGCCAGCUCUCUGUCUGCCGUAGCCGAGAGGGCGGUGGACGAGCUGCUGAACAAGGACGAGAUCCGGGCCAGCGACCGAGAGUCCCUGCUGAGGUCCCUGCUGAUGAGGCGGAGCCAAGUAGAAACUGCGCCCGUAGCAGAGGCACCCCCCUCAGGAGACAUCGAGAUGACCACCUUCUCCGUGCCCAAGAAGAGAGACACGUCCGACAACAUGGAGGCUUCCAUCGUCCUCUCCGGUGUGGUGGACGUGCUGCAGAAGCCGGUGGUGGCCUUCGUGCGGCUCUCCGACUCGGUGGUGAUGGACGCGGUCCUGGAGGCCCCGGUGCCCGUGCGCUUCGUCUUCAUCCUGGCGGGCCCCAGUGACAGCGGCCUGGACUACCACGAGAGCGGGCGCGCCAUGGGCGCCCUGAUGGCCGACUGGGUGUUCAGCCUGGAGGCGUACCUGGCCAGGACCGAUCAGGAGCUCACCAAUGCCAUCGCUGACUUCAUGGACUCCAGCAUCGUGAUCCCGCCCACCGAGAUACAGGACCAGGGGAUGCUGGAGCCGAUCAUCACCUUCCAGAAGAAGAUGCUGCAGGAGAGGCUCCGCCCAGCUGACACUAGGAUCGCCUUUGGAGACCGGGCUCUAGUUGAGAAGGCCCCCGAGCCCCCCCGGGAGGACCCCCUGGCCCGCACCGGCUACCCGUUCGGGGGCAUGGUCCGGGACCUGAAGCGGCGCUACCGCCAUUACAUCAGCGACUACACGGACGCCCUGAACCCCCAGGUCCUCGCCGCCGUCAUCUUCAUCUACUUCGCCGCCCUGUCCCCGGCCAUCACCUUCGGAGGACUGCUGUCCGACAAAACUGAAAAGUGGAUGGGGGUGUCAGAGCUGAUGGUGUCCACCUGCAUCCAGGGAAUCAUCUUCUGUCUCAUCGCCGCCCAGCCAGUGCUGGUUGUGGGGUUCUCCGGACCACUGCUGGUGUUUGAAGAGGCCUUCUUCGCGUUCUGCAAGAGCAUGGAAAUCGAAUACAUCGUGGGCCGCGUCUGGGUGGGCAUGUGGCUGGUGAUCAUCGUGUUCAUCAUUGUGGCCGUGGAGGGCAGCUUCCUGGUGCGCUACAUCUCCCGCUUCACCCAGGAGAUCUUCUCCAUCCUCAUCUCCCUCAUCUUCAUCUACGAGACCUUCAGCAAACUCAUCAAGAUCUUCAAAGCCCACCCUCUGAUCCUGAACUACGACACGCUGAACGCCAGCAUUGACAACCCCUUCCACCACGUGGACUUCGAACCCCCCGCUAACAGUACACAUACACAUACACCACCAAUCUACCCCAACACUGCUCUGCUGUCCAUGUGCCUUAUGUUCGGGUGCUUCUUCAUCGCCUACUUCCUGCGUAUUUUCAAGAACGGCCACUUCCUCCCAGGCCCGAUCCGUCGUUUGAUUGGAGACUUUGGUGUCCCCAUCGCUAUUUUCUUGAUGAUCGCAAUUGACAUCAACAUCGAUGAUGCUUACACCCAGGUAAAACUGGUUGUGCCGAAAGGUGUGCAGGUGACCAACCCAGCGGCCAGAGGCUGGUUCAUCAACCCCAUGGGGAUCGACAAGAAAUUCCCCAUCUGGAUGAUGCCUGCCUGCUGUGUCCCGGCUUUGCUGGUCUUCAUCCUCAUCUUCCUUGAGUCCCAGAUCACUACCCUCAUCGUGAGCAAGCCGGAGCGUAAGAUGGUAAAGGGUUCUGGGUUCCUUGACCUGCUGAUCCUUGUCACCAUGGGGGGCAUCUCCUCCCUCUUCGGGGUCCCCUGGCUCAGCGCGGCCACGGUUCGCUCGGUCACCCACGCCAACGCCCUCACCGUCAUGUCCAAGGGCCCCAAGCCGGAGAUCGAGAAGGUGCUGGAGCAGAGGGUCAGUGGGAUCCUGGUGGCCAUGUUGGUUGGCGUGUCUAUUUACAUGGAGCCUAUUCUGAAGAUGAUUCCCAUGACGGCCCUGUUUGGUAUCUUCCUCUACAUGGGUAUUACCUCCCUCAGCGGCAUUCAGAUGUGGGACCGGAUCCUCCUGUUGAUGGUACCCAAGAAAUACCAUCCUGCAGAUGCCUACGCCACCAAAGUACGUCCCGUCAUGUAAAAACCCCUGCGGAUGCACAUGUUCACGCUGAUCCAGCUGGUAUGUCUGGGGGUCCUGUGGGCGGUCAAGAUGAGCCCCUUCUCCCUGGCGCUCCCCUUCGUCCUCAUCAUGACCAUCCCACUGCGCAUGUUAAUGACCGGCCGACUGUUCUCCUCCCUGGAGAUGAAGUGUCUGGACGCUGACGAUGGCAAGGUGACGUUUGAAGAGGAGCCCGGACUGGAUGUGUACGACGAGUCACCGCUACCGUAAUAGAGUACACC